AAAAGUGGACUACUAUUUACCGCCCCAAAUUACUACCCACCGCCCCAAUCUUGACCAAACUACCCCUACUCCUUUUUCAACUCAAAAAACAAAAAACUCAUCCUCUCAACUUCCUCUCAAACCAAAAUCCAUUACAAAAUCUCAAGCAAUAAUCGAAGCCGAUUUAUGUCGGAAUUGGCGAAAGAAAAAAGACGGGGACCUCCGAAAGAAGGACCCGGUAAUGGUGGCAGGGGAAAGAGUAAGCCUAUUAUAGCUGAAUCUGAUUUUGAGGAGUCGGGACAACGAAAUGUUCGAAAGCGUGGUGUGAGUGCCUCAGUCCGACGUCACAAGAAGGGGACUCCUGCUAUUGAGGGAGCUAGUGAGACGCCAGUCGAUGAUCAGAUACAGGAUGAUCGGAUGGAGGAUGAUGACAUGGAAGACCGUCGGAUAGACGAUGCUGAUUUUGAGACUUCUGAGGACGAGAGUUUAGGACCAAUCGCGAACAUUCGACGGAAAAAGGGGAAAGAUGGACGGUUUAUUGCUGAAACGUCAUCAGUGACGAGUAGAAGAGCCAGGACUGAAAUACCUGCUUGGACUGUUAGUGAUCCAGUGCCAGGUGGACCUGAGGACGGGAGUAUUAUUCCCAGUUUCCUUGGACAUGUCGCUUAUGGAAUAUGGACAGGGAAGGAGGAGCGAGGCACUCUGAAGUGUCAGAGUAGACAUGCAGUUUGUAAGAGGCUGUCAGCAUGGCAUCAUGACGCCUCAGACGAGGUCAAACACCUGAUAGCCGAGAGUGGUUUGGGGCAUCUCCCUGAUAUUAUGUUCAGUCACUUGGAUAUUCCGCUCCUUUCUGCAUUUGUGGAGCGAUGGCAGCCUGAUACUAACUCUUUUCACCUGCCAUUCGGGGAGAUGACCAUUACACUGCAUGACGUGUGGCUGACGCUAGGUUGCACUCUUUUCGUCGAUAAGACUGGCCACCGGGUUAAACCAGCCUGUCUUUGGGAGGUUAGGGAUGGAGUCGCAGACGCGAAGGAUUAUUCUUGGGGUUCUGCUACACUGGCCUAUUUAUUUCGUCAGUUAGGAAUCGCCUCCAGAGGCGACUGUCACGGUUUGUCUGGGUGUCUGACACUUCUCCAGGCUUGGAUAUACGAGUAUUUUCCAUGUUUCAGACCCCAGCGAGAUAGGCUGAUUACAGAGAUUGGCACUCCUCGAGCACUCAGUUGGAGUGUAUCCGGGACAGAGUGCACAGAGAUCCGGCUUCAGUCAUUGCGUGCCCGCAUAGACAGUUUGACUGCCGACGAGGUGUCGUGGCUUCCCUUUGGUGGUGGCCCUGCUGCAGUCCUUCAGCGGACUGCUUACAUGGGUUGGAUAGUGUACAGGGACAUUGUUGAGCCGUACAUGUCCGCCAGAUUUGUACGUCAGCUGGGGUAUGUGCAGAGCAUACCGUCGCCUAUUCUUCGGCCGGAAAAGGCCGUUAGGGCGUGGAAUUCAAAGUUGUACAAUGUGGAGAUGGCUCAGAUUGGUGCGGUCGACGGGUGGCAGGGUUUUCCUAUGACUUGCAUGCUUCCUUUGACGUUGCUCGAGCCAGCCACUGUUCUUGCUGGAGCUUGCCAUCCCGCGUACUUGGAGUGGUACGCACGAUUUUCCCACCCGCAGGUCCUUAGCUCUGACGUUACAGCUUCACGAGGCCGUCCUUCUCGCUCCAACAUUGAUUAUUGGGUAAAUCGUUUCAGUUCCCUGAGCCAGAGAAAUCUCACGCGUAUCACUGCGGCUAGUGCGCCGUUUGCCAUUCCGGAGAUAGAUCAGAGCAUAUCUGAGUCGACCACUGACUUGGAGCGACUCAUUGCAGACUGGCGGCUGGCAGAUUGAGAUUAUUGUUUUUAGUACUCUAUGAUAUUAUGGUUUUUUUUAUUUUGUUUGUUGUACUAUUAUGUUAUGUUUUUAGUACUCUAUUAUGUUAUGUUUUUAGUACUCUUUAGUACUCUAUUAUGUUAUGUUUUUAGUACUCUA